GGUCUCUUUCCCACACCUUCACCACACAAAGAUGGCGGACUACGAUCUAACAUCGAAGUUGGGGCCCUUUUUGGACCGCCAUCUGGUCUUUCCUCUUAUGGAAUUCCUGUCCGUGAAAAGGAUCUAUGAUGAGACGGAUCUUCAACGUGCAAAGUUGGAACUCCUCUCCAACACAAACAUGGUGGAUUUUGCUAUGGAUAUCCACGGUUCUCUUUACCCAGGCCAGCCUGUUCCAGCUGAGUUGCCAGAGCGGAGAUCUCGUGUUGUGUCCGAGCUGAAACGACUGCAGACAGAGACUGAGCCUAUCUUCAAGAUCUUCAGUGACAAUGAAGUCCAGAAGCAGCUGCAAACUUCUCGUGAUCACCGAGCUCUCAUGCAGUUUUUGAUUGAGAACCAUGAUUUCCGGCCAGAGAUGUUGGAUACUCUGUAUACCUUUGCAAAGUUCCAGUAUGAGUGUGGUAAUUAUUCUGGUGCUGCUGAUUACCUUUAUCUUCAUCGAGGAUUAGUACCAGUUAGUGAUAAGAAUUUCCUGAAUGGCCUGUGGGGAAAACUGGCUUCAGAAAUCCUAACGCAGAACUGGGAAAAUGCCCUGGAGGAUCUUAAUCGCCUGAAGGAAUUUAUUGAGAGCAACUUGACUACAUCUCCCCUUCAAGCCCUCCAACAACGCACAUGGCUCAUUCACUGGUCCCUCUUUGUAUUCUUCAAUCAUUCUAAAGGUCGUGAACUUAUAAUUGAAAUGUUCCUGUACCAGCAACCAUAUUUGAAUGCAUUACAAACUAUGUGUCCUCAUGUGUUGCGUUACCUUGCCACUGCUGUUGUUAUUAACAAGAACAGUAGGAGAGCAGCCAUGAAGGAUUUAGUGAGGGUUAUUCAGCAGGAAAGCUACACAUACAAGGACCCCAUCACAGAGUUCUUAGCUCAUUUGUAUGUAGACUUUGACUUUGAUGCCGCACAAGAGAAAUUGCAGCAGUGUGCUGCUGUAUUAGAGAAUGACUUCUUCUUGGUGGCCUGCCAGACUGACUUCAUUGAGAAUGCAAGGCUCAUGAUCUUCGAACUUUUCUGCAGAAUCCAUCAAUGCAUCAGUAUUAACAUGUUAGCAGAGAAGUUGAAUAUGUCCCCCAAGGAUGCUGAGCGCUGGAUUGUCAAUCUGAUCCGUCAGGCCAAGCUGGAUGCCAAGAUAGAUUCCCAGCAAGGCCACGUUGUGAUGGGAACACAGGCUGUCUCCCCUUACCAACAAUUGAUUGAAAAGACAAAGACCUUAAGUUUCCGUACUCAGAUGUUGGCAAUCAACGUUGAAAAGAAGGCUACUGCCAGAUACAGUGAGGGACCGAGCUGGGCUAUGGCAAGCUAAUCUGGUUGGAGGACCUUCCAGGACUACCAUACAUGUGGUGGUAUCAGAAAAAAAGCAAAAAAAAUCUUCAAACUUGAUCUAAUGCAGAAAAAAGGGAUAUUUUGUAUUACAAAAAAUCUCAUGGAAGUUUUAGAAUAAAAGUGAUUAACUUUAA